GACACCAAAAAAACAGGGAGGGGGAGGCAAAUAACCUUUGGAAGACGAGGGUGGGAACGUCCGGCGCGAAAGAGAGGGAAUGACAAUUUAAAGCGCCCCCCUCCUUCUGAGUUUAAGGGCUACUACCAGACUUGGGCGACCCGGAUCGACAGCGAGCACGGGCCCGUCCUUUCCCAAAUCCUCGCACAGGCAAUGGGCAAAAGGGUGGGAUCUGGAGACUGGAGAGCAGCCAGCGGUAGAAAGCUGGGUCGACUGGAGCUCCGGGAGUUUAAAUACCCUGGUCCGGGGACGCUG